AUGACUACCAAAGCUGAAAAUAUAAUCAAUUGGUUUGAACAUAAGAGAAUAAGAAGAUGGUAUAGUAAAGAGUUACGAAUAAUGUGGGUAAAAACGUUCAAGAACUUAAAUAGAACAGACAAACCAUUAUCAAGAUAUACUAGCCCAAAAGAAUCGAAUAUUAAGAAUUUUAAGGUAAAAUUGAUAAUGGAAGAGCUACCAAAUUAUGAAAACCUAUAUAUACGAGAUAAGAUAAAAUACAUCAGCUCAGAAUGUAGAAGAUAUAAUACCACGAUUGAAGACAAUACACAUUGGUUGUUCUGCAUAAAAAAUAUAGUCAAAAUAGAUAAUAUAAUUAAAGAAGCUAUAUUGGAAAUAGAGAUAGAAAAAGAUAUAAAGACGAAGUUUCUGAAUAGCAAUAAAAAUGUAGCUACAAGAAUGACCAAUAAACUACACCAUAAGACAAUAGUUAAAAUAAAAGAGAAAAUUUGGUUGCAAAGCAAAAUUGAGUUACAAGAAUACCCAAUAUCAAUGAUAAGUCAAAGCAUUAACACAGAAAAUCUAGAAGAUAUAGCAGAAAAAGAGGAAAAUUAUAUAAAUAAUAAUAUACGUAAAUGGGGUGAAUUAUUU